UUUCCCGCCUCCUGUUGCGCGUUCGCGUAUCCGGCCUACUCGCUGCUCUUAGGGAUCAGUGCGCGCUGCGCUCUCGCCGGUUUCUGGCUGUGUGAGGUGAUUCCCUGAGCCGCGGCAACUCCUCAGCGUCCGCUGGUUUGUUGGGGGGAGGGAGGGGGGACUGUGCGAGCGGAGGAACCAUCAGGAAUAUAGAGAGGGGGGGACAGCACCCUCUGGCCUGCUUGGUGGCUCAGCUUAUCCAGUGUAAGGUGUGAAUAGCAGCGAAACGGGGCUACCUCCCCCCCCAACCCGGGGACGAUGAGCAUCGAGAUCCCGCCCGGCCUGACGGACUUACUGCAGGGUUAUACGGUGGAAGUGCUGCGCCAGAAGCCGCCGGACCUGGUGGAGUUUGCGAUACAGUAUUUCACCCGGCUGAAGGAGAAGCAGCUCCAGGAUGGCGCAGGGGCCGGCUCUUUACGGCCUCACGCCCGGGUGGUCAACUUCGACGGGGAACCCAUGCAGACCGAGUCUAACGGGGACGAAGAGGAGGACGAGGAAGAUGACGAUGACUCCGAUUUCGAACCGCCCGUUAUAAAUAGAUACAGUAGAAGAGUAUCAGUAUGUGCGGAAGCCUAUAAUCCUGAUGAAGAGGAUGAAGAUACAGAACCAAGGGUUGUCCGCCCCAAAACAGAUGAACAGAGAUGUAGAUUACAGGAAGCAUGCAAAGAUAUUCUACUUUUUAAAAACCUUGACCAGGAGCAGCUCUCUCAGGUUCUUGAUGCAAUGUUCGAGAUGAGAGUGAAACCUCAGGAACAUGUUAUUGACCAGGGAGAUGAUGGAGAUAACUUCUAUGUUGUUGAAAGAGGACAGUAUGACAUAUUUGUAGAGAGAGAUGGUCAGUCAAGAUGUGUGGGCAGAUAUGAUAAUCAUGGAAGCUUUGGUGAACUAGCACUGAUGUACAACACUCCUAGAGCUGCAACCAUCGUUGCCACAUCAGAAGGGGCUCUUUGGGGGCUGGACAGAGUAACCUUCAGACGUAUUAUUUUGAAAAACAAUGCCAAGAAGCGAAAAACUUAUGAAAUAUUUAUUGAAUCUGUACCUGUUCUCAAGUUCUUAGAGCUUUCUGAGCGCAUGAAAAUUGUUGAUGUAAUUGCUGCAAGAGUGUAUAAAGAUGGAGAUCGCAUCAUUGCACAGGGUGAUAAAGCUGACUGCUUUUUUAUUGUGGAAUCGGGAGAGGUAAAAAUCAUGAUGAAAAGUAAGACAAAAACAGGUCAAGAAAGUAACCAGGAAGUAGAGAUAGCACGUUGUAAAAGUGGACAGUAUUUUGGAGAACUAGCUCUCGUUACCAACAAGCCAAGAGCAGCUUCGGCCUACGCUGUGGGGGACGUAAAGUGCUUAAUUAUGGAUGUGCAGGCAUUUGAACGAUUGCUGGGCCCCUGCAUGGACAUUAUGAAGAGAAAUAUCACACAUUAUGAGGAGCAGUUGGUUGCAUUGUUUGGUUCCAGCAUGGACCUUAGGGAUCCAGGAAAAUAGGCACAGUUACCUCAUUGCCUUCUCUGUUCAAGACACAGAAAAAAGCUUCCUGUCAGCAACACAACAAACAAGGGACAAAGAGCACUGUGGAACAGCUACUGCUGUUGUCUUGAGCACUUUUUCUUUUUCACCCCCCUCUUUAUUUUUUAAACAGAGAGUAAAGCUUCAGCAGCAGAGACCAUGGUAGAAAUCCAGUCUGGGCCAUUUUGCUGCUGAGAUCCCAUUAUUAGACCUCAUAGAAAUACGUGCCUUUCUUUUUCCUCCCCUGGUUAAGAAUGGCAUAAUAGCCCUCGUUGCGAUACAUUUUGUAAGUGCCUACUCCACAGCCCAGUGUCUGAGCAUAACAAGUAGAAUUAAAAAACAAAAAAAACAUUUUUGUUAUUUACUAAACAUGGCUGCCAUUUUUUCUAGUCAAAACAAUGAGGUUGAUCGGCAAUAAGGUUUAAUUUUACUUGGAAACUGUUCUUGGGUUCAGCACUGCAGCCUAUUAAUUGCAGUGCUGAACUGCCGAUAUUUACGAAUCAUUUUAGUCAUGUGGCGCCCUCUGCAGCUUGCCUUGGGAAAAUGGUGUUUAGCCUAUGCAACCUGUUCUAUAGCUAACCAUUUAGUCACAGCAGUUUUGUUCCGUGUUUGAGAGAUUCUGCCAUAUAUAAGAACUUGGAAAAUGUUGCAUUUUAAUAGCUCUUCGGAUAGCCACAAAGAUGUUUCAACAAUAAUAGGUCUGAGUAUUAAUUUGUAAAAUGUUUUCGCAUAGCUGGGCUUCCCUCCCUCACCCCCACAGUUGGCCUGCUCAGUCGGAACUCUCGCUCCCUUAGCCGUUCCGUAUGAUUUAGGUUCACCUAGUAGCAAAAAUGUUAUGAGACAAAAAAAAAAAUAAAUCCUGUAUAGUCAUUUUAGAACAUUUUUUAUCUUUGUAUCUAAGAAGAGAAUGUUAACACAAGUUCCUAUUGUGGCUCCUAUGGAUUUCCUUUUUUUUUUUUCCCCCCCAAUAGGAUAUUUUGUUAUUGAAAUCAGUCAAGCACCAUUCCUAAAAUAUUAUUCAAAUACAAAUGACAUCCACACUGAUAAACUCUAUAUAUCUAUAUAGUCUUUCUCACACACACUUUGCACUCCCAUUUUUAUUCAGGAGCAACAUUUUAAUGCCUUUUUUCCCCCUUUUUACCCCCCUCGAAUGUAUGUUAAGAACAAUGGCAAGACUUUCUGCAGCUUGAGUGGAGCGUUCCUUACGUUAGGAGAAAGUAAUACAGUAUGUCGUGCAACAUGAACCAAAAUGAUUAUUGUAUUCAAUGAAGCGUUUGUAGCGUUUCUCAAGCACUCCAAGAAACCUCCGAACAUAAAAUUCUAAGUUACUUGUCGUGUUGGUGGAGUCUUUCGUAUUGUUCAUUUAAAUAUACCACUUUUAUUUCAUGGAACUCUGUGAGACUCACAACGAGCAAAUUCAAAGAUUUGUAUUUAUAAAAGUAAAGUGUACUACUAAAAAAAAAAAAAAAAGUAUUUUGCCCUAAAUUAAAUAUAGUGGAUUUGUUUGUUUUUUUUUCAUUUUAUGGAAAUUUUUUUAUAAUAAAGGCAAAAUAAACUUCCCAGAGUUUCAUGCAAGAAAAAAAAGUUGUUUAAACUGUCCAUCUUGAUAUUAAAAAGAAAUGUCAUUCGUUUUAUGACAAAUGAACUCUUAAGUGGUGUAUAUUUGGCGGAGCCUCCUCUAACGGUUAUUUAAAAAUUAAAAUUUUUUUUUUGUGAUAGCUAAAUUUAAGGGAGAAGGAGAUUUAAGGGGGUAGUUCACUUUUAAGUUAACUUGUCCUAUUCCUAGCAACUUUUCAGUUGGGCUUCAUUUAUUUAUUAGGUGUAGUUGUGGAAUUCUUUGCAGCCUUCUUCUGACUCCUUCCAGUUUUCAUAUUGGGGUCACUGACCCCGGCGGCCAAAAAACUGUUAUUUUUUUAUUACUUAUUAUUCUAUCCAGUCCCUUUUGUUGUUAUUAUCCAGUAUCUCAUUCAAACCAGAUUGGUGCUGAAAUCUCAAACUGGGAGUUGAAGUUGAGUUGAACAAGAAGCAAAAUAAUAAAAAAAUGAAGACCAAUGGCAAUUUGUGUCAAUAUAUCACACUCUACAUCAUACUAAAAGUUAAUUUUAAGCUGAACAACCCCUUUAAAGUCCAGUUUUAUGGUUCUCCCUGGUUUAUACGUAGCUGCAUUUUCCCCCAGCAAACACUGGGAGUGCUUAUUGAACUUCCUGCUUCCUGUUUCUCUCAAAGUACUUGAAAAAUAAGAAAUUCCAAUUCCACAGAUCUGAGAGCUGUUAUACAAUUUUCUAUCGUAUGACUAAAGCCGUUUUAACGGUCUGUCUGCCCUUUGUCAAAAUUGUAACUGCAUCGAAUGACUCUAAAGUCUAGUUUGCAUGUUUUCUUGCCCAGAAGCGGUGUCGAUGCAGCAUGCAGGGCGCCCUUAGCAUGUUUUUCACUCCGGCACGCCUGCCCAAGUACACGAUUGUUCGAUAUAACCAAUGAUACAGAAUGAAGUCACUGGCGUCCAUAUUUGUCUGCCAUUCUCUGUAUCAGCAGAAUAUCCGUCCGGUUCUUGGGUUUGAACACACUCCAGUGCUUUAUUCAAGUCUUUUCAACCUAUUCGGAGGAUGAGUUUACUCAAUCACCUCAGUAAAAGAAAUCUUUCAGUGAGUAAACACUCCCACUUUUUUUAUUUAUUGAAUGCUGCACUCGGGCAGUGGUGAGACAGCAGCAUAGUAAUCGUAUUUAUCAUUGUGCUCGUUUGUACUGCUGUCUCUUUAAAUGCUUGGAACAUUUCAGCAUGGGCGAUCUGCGUUUGUAGAUACUGGAGGAUGCCAUUUGUUUGUUACACUGGGCAGCAUAAUGGGAAAGUACAGCCGACAUGAUAGUGAGAGCUCAGCAGCAAAGUGAGUAAAGGGGUAAAAAAAAAUCAAUUUCACCUGCUUAUUAUGCUGUCGUUGACUAUUUUUUUGUUUGUUUUUUACUCUUUCACUCAGCUGUCAUAAGCAUCAUGGCCAAAUGCAGUUCUGUUUUUACGUUACAGCACAGCAUUCACCAAAAUGCAAAAUAAAAAUUCUCAAAUAUUUAGAAUUCUGCACUGUCAAAAGGAAAUCUUUAAGUCACCGGUCUCCUGUUGAACUGAAGUUGAUCCAUUACCCAUUUUUGGCAAUAGUCAGGUUUGUUCCCUCUCUCGCCCACGACAAUUCUAACUGAUUUGUUGCCAGUGAAUCCCACGUGAGUGUGCCACUUCAGCCAUGUGUUUGGUUUGGGCCUUCCUUUUCCUCCAUGCUACAGGGCUAUCGUUAGGAACGCCGGAGAGACAGCCAAUCUCCUUCUGUCCUUAGUCAAGUAUUUUACUCUAUUCGCUUAUACCAACAAAAAGUGUAAUUCUGCCUAAAAGAAGCUACCUCAAGGUAUAAAGUGCUUGGCAGAGUUACCACCAGUCAUCCACCUGUGACAGAUACCCCCCCAUCACUUCUAUUGUUUCACUUCUUUUCCCAUUGAAAUCCCCAUUGUCUCGCACUCUCAAACAGUAUUUUCCUGCAGUUAUUGGGAGAAAGAAAACAGUAUUGGAUCUCAUUGCAACAUUAUGUAUCAACUCCUUCCAAUGGGUUUCUGAUAUUUAAGCUUACAUUUUAUUAAUAAAUGCGGAAAUUCUUAUCUA